AGCAUGCAUUUUUUUAGCUUCAUCAAUCUUAUCUAGUUUUGGUGGCUGUAUAUAUAGGCCACAUGUGGGGCAGGCUCUGAAUGGCUGUUCCUUGAGUCGCUGCUCUAAACUUUGCUUCUGUAUCCCCUCCUAUGGAUUUUUUCCCCUUUUAAGGAGUGGGAGCAACCGCAUUUUGGUCAUCCUUCUUCUUGAGCUUCCUGUGCCUGGCCCUCCUCUUAACUGUUGACUGAACAUUAGCUUGGUGCAAGUCAAGUGGUCUACAACUCAGCUACCACUCUGCUUUAAUUUUGAGACGUGACCUCUUCUAUUGCCAGGGCUGCCCUUGAACUUUUGAAUUAUUUGCCUGAGCCUCCUAGGGUCUAGCUAUGGAUCAGCAUCUCCACACGGCCCAGCAGCCCCUACGCUUGGGGACUCCACAGGAGGAUGUUUUUGCAGGACCCUCAGUAGAGUCUGACAUGAUAGAAUCAUCUCUUCAUAGCAUCCAGAAAUUUGUUCCUACAGACUAUGCCAGCUACACACAAGAGCAUUAUCACUUCGCAGGCAAGAAGAUCAUCAUUCAAGAAUCCAUUGAGAACUAUGGCACAGUGGUGUGGCCAGGGGCUACAGCUUUGUGCCAAUAUUUAGAAGACCAUACAGAAGAAUUAAAUCUCGAAGAUGCUAAAAUACUUGAAAUUGGUGCUGGACCAGGCCUUGUUUCCAUUGUGUCCAGUCUUUUAGGAGCUCAAGUCACAGCAACAGACCUGCCUGAUGUUCUAGGAAAUCUUCAAUACAAUAUUUCAAAAAACACACUAGAAUGCACAGCCCAUCUACCUGAAGUGAAAGAACUGGUAUGGGGGGAAGACCUGGACCAGAAAUUCCCUAAGUCAUCCUUUUAUUAUGACUAUGUCCUGGCUUCUGAUGUUGUCUACCACCACUACUUCCUGGAUAAGCUGCUUGCUACCAUGGUGUACCUUUCCCAGCCAGGCACUGUGGUGCUUUGGGCAAACAAAUUCAGAUUUAGUACUGAUUAUGAAUUUUUAGAUAAGUUCAAGCAAGCUUUUGAUACCACUCUCUUGGCUGAACAUUCAGAGUCAUCAGUCAAGCUCUUUAAAGGAAUAUUAAAAUGGGACUGAAAUGUAAAGAGCCUCUCAAACCAUCAGUGUCUUGUGAAGCUGUUAAAAGGUAUACUAUACCAUACUGGUAAGGCUAGAAUAAAUGCAUUCAAUAUACAACUUUCUAAGAUGGUAAGAAUAUGUGGUCAACCUAAGUAUCUAAAGAAAGGAAACAGACACAUGAAAGUAGACUUGCUGAGUUCCCAGUGUAUUAAAUGUAUUAAAUAAGAGCUUACACAAAGAAGUAAAUGAACAAGUGGGUUCCUGUUUGUGCUCUAGUACCUGGAUUUUACAUGUGCCAAUAUGCUUGUCAUAAUUGUGGACUCACUGUGUAACCCAUGGAAGCUUUGAAAUAGAUAUGCACCUGCCUGAUCACGGUCAUGUGCCACAGUGACCGCCUCACUGUAGCUAGAGCAUAUAUAUGGAUUAUAGCAGGGAGAGGGUAAUACUGACUAAAGAUGGAAAAUGUGGAAAUUGAUGGAAUGAGAAAACAUAUGUCUUAAGAACCUCCCCUUUGAGGGGCUGGAGAAAUGGCUCAGUGGUUUAGAGCACUGACUGCUCUUCCAGAGGUCCUGAGUUCAAUUCCUAGCAACCACAUGGUGGCUCACAACCAUCUGUAAUAGAAUCCAAUGCCCUCUUCUAGUGUGUCUGAAGACAGCAACGGUGUAACUCAUAUACAUAAAAUAAAAUCUUUCAAAAAAAGAAAAAAAAGAACCUCCUUUGAGGCGUCGGCAAGAUGGUUUAGCAGAUAAGUUCAACGGUAUGCAGUCAUGGUGGCUAGAGUUCAGAUCCCAACACCUACAGAAAAAGUUGGUGUUUAGCAAACAACUCUUUAAAGCUCUGAGGGAUCUGGAUUCUGAACAUCACAGGUGCGCAUGCGCGCGCACA